AUGGCCAACGCGAGAUCUGCAGCCCAGACUUUUGCCAGCCAAAGUUACACGCACCCCGUUGAGUUUCUUAGUCGUGUCGCAAACGCAAGCUUUGACAACAUGCUGAAAUCCCAGUCGAAGAACUACACAGCAGCCCAUAAAGAAUACCAACGACGGUACGGGCUUGAGCCACCUCCAGGGUUCGAAGCGUGGUACGAGUUCGCAACGGCCAACCAAUCCCCCGUAAUCGAUGACUUCGACUCGAUCUUCAACACUCUAUCACCGUUCCUGGACGUAAGUGGAGAGGAGGUUGUUGAAACGAUUCAGGAUGCAUACCAUGCACCAGGCAGCGACCUCUGGCUCUGCUCGUUCUCAGGGGCACAAGCUGAGACCCGCUGCGAGCACGCCUAUCGCACGUUCGAUCGACACAUUGCAUCUUCAUUCAACAGUAGGCUGGGAGACCUGUAUGGAGUCUCAAUCCCCGACAUUAAAUUCCUCGUAAACCAUCUUGAUGAACCACGGGUUUUGGUGCCGUCUCCAUCGACAAGGAGUGCCCGAGGAGGACACAUCUUUGGCAGCGAACGAUUUCGUUUGAAAAACUUGUCAGGACGACCUGUCGAGGACGAGGUCAUGAAGUACUGCGAGUCGCAAAGAUAUGUGUUUCCACAAUACGGAAACGGCACGGCCUCAGCUGGCAACGUCCGAGUCGAAACAUGCGGCCUUCCUUUUGUUGCAGACUCAACAUCAGCAGCGCGUCUGUGUCAGUACCCCAGUCAAAGUGCUUUACACGGCCUCAUUGCGCGCCCACAAUCCUUUCGGCUCAUUGAGGGACUGGUGCCAGUGCUCUCAACGGGGUCUCUUGCGACAAUGGGCGAUAUCCUGUUUCCAAGUCCAGCAUACAUGGAGGACGAGUUUACAUACGAUGAACAUAACGACUUUGAGUGGUCUAAGAAGCGUAACAACGUCUAUUGGGCGGGUUCCAGCACUGGCGGUCUCGCCUCUGACGAAGGUUGGCGGAACUAUCAACGUCAGAGAUUCGUGGCGCUUGCACAGAACUUGCAGAAACCUGAGAAACAGGAGCACGUCUAUCUACGACAGAUCGAUGGCGUCGUUGAGCGCGUAACGUCGUCUUUCUUGAACAGCAGACUAUACGACGUUGCCUUUACGCGCAUUUUCCAGUGCGGGAGAGCGCAAUGCAGAGACCAGAAAUCAUACUUCAACCUUAGGUCAUGGGCCAAUAAGGACGAAGCACUUCGUUCGCGGCUCGUCUUUGAUGUUGACGGAAACGGCAUCAGCGGUCGAUACUACAAGCUCUUGGCUUCAAAGUCGACGCCCCUGAAACAUACCCUGCUCCGAGAGUGGCAUGACGAUAGACUUGUUCCAUGGGUGCAUUAUGUGCCUGUCAGUCUCGGCAUGGAGGAGCUCCCUGAGCUGGUCACUUACCUCACCAUGACUGAAGCCGGCCAGCGUAGAGCUCAGGAGAUUGCGGGUCAAGGGAGGGAUUGGUAUUCUGAAGCCUUUCGAGAAGUCGACUUGACGAUCUAUAUAUACAGACUUCUGCUAGAAAUGGCGAGGUUGCAGGAUCCCAAACGAAAAGUAAGCUGA